AAAGAAGAAAGAAGCACAAAAUGGAGAUGAUGGAGGUUGAAGAUGAAGAUGGAAGCACAAGGAUCGCUGACAUGGCGAAGGAUAUUUUUCAAGUCCCGAAUAAGCCUGGAUUUGCCAUUAAUUUUUAUUUUUUAGCAAAUACGCGGACUUCAAUCAACUCUCGUAUACAAUUUUACUUUCCUCCCUUCUUAUCUCCUCACGCUUUAGCUUUCUCCACAUCAAACUCUCUCUCAUCCCUUAUCUCUAUCUCUGCAAGGUUUCGCCAUGAAAGGAGGUAAAUCUAAAGCGGAAACCAAGAAGCCAGACAGCAGGCUCGCCGUGAAGAAAGGAAAAGGCACUGAGAAGGCUAAGCCUAUCGCACGGCCGAAGAAAGGAGCAGCAGCAGCCAAGGAUCCUAACAAGCCUAAGCGUCCUCCCAGCGCUUUCUUCGUCUUCAUGGAGGAUUUCAGGAAGUCGUACAAAGAAAAGCAUCCUAACAACAAAUCUGUAGCAGCUGUCGGUAAAGCUGCUGGAGACAAGUGGAAAUCGUUGACAGAUGCUGAGAAAGCUCCUUAUAUAAGCAAGGCAGAAAAGAGAAAAACUGAUUACAAUAAGACCAUGGAUGCUUACAACAAAAAGCUGGCGGGAGAUACUGCUUCUGCUGCUGCGGAUGAGGAUGAAUCUGAGAAAUCGAAGUCUGAGGUUGAAGAUGACGAAGAUGAUCAGACUGGAGAGGAUGAUGAUGACAGUGAGGACGAUUAAAGAUUAUGAUAAUACCAGCAAGCAGUCCAUCUUGAUAAUUGUCUAAAACAUGUCGUCUUUGUUUGUUCUUAAGUUUACAUUUGUCAUCUUUACUCAUAGUGAUUGUGUUCAUUAUUAUGUUUUCCCUUCCUUUGUUCUCGAAUGAAUGUGAUAGUAUAACUACCUUUGUAAUGAAAAUGUUGUUCAUUGGA